CUUCGGCCUUUCUUCGGCUUGUUGCUGGUGCUGCUUCCUCACUUCACUCGCACCCAUUCACUUUCUUCCGACUUGCACCAAUGACCAUCUCGCCAAUUCACACCCACCGACUCCACAGACCACAAAAGGUCGCAUAAGCCCAUCCUCGACUCUCUCUUCUCCGCCCUCCAUCGAACUGACCGCCCUGUCCAAACCGCGCCUACGUGCUUCCUCAUGCGCGCUUCCACCUCCGUCUAACUCCUUUGCGCCUGCGACAAAACUCACCCCCUCUCCAUCAGCAAUCACAUCGCCGUCAUGUCCACCGAAACACCACCCGAUCCCUCCUCCUCCGACACACUCCCCGACGCCGAACAAGACCCUCUCCCAGCCAAUCCUCCUGACGAACCUUCCUCCGAUGCCCCUCCUCCACCCACCACGCUCAACGCCGAUGAACCUCUAGACACCGCGCCAGACGACGCCGAGCUCGACGCCGAAAUCAAUCCCACAUCACAAGCCGACGCAAUGAACCUCGACGGCGCAUCAGACCCUCUCUCCCAACCCCCAACCUCCACCCUCCCCAACGGCGUGCCCCCCACCCAACCUCAAGCCGCAUCACAACCCCACCAACCCGCCGUCAUCGAACCCCGCAUCCCCCAGAAGAAAGACGCCUCCCUCCGCGACUUCAUCGCCAAAAUGGACGACUAUGCACCCCUCAUCCCCGACGCCGUAACAGACUACUACCUCACCGUCGCCGGCCUCCCACCUCCCCCCAGCACAGACCGCCGCCUCGCGCGAUUGCUUGCCCUCGCCACGCAAAAAUUCAUCGCCGACGUCGCCGCCGACGCAUACCAGUACAGCCGGAUUCGUAGCACGAAUACCACCUCCAACAACCCGCUGACGGGGCUGGGAGGCGCGGCCGGCUUCGGCACGAUGAAUAUGCAGCAGGACGCGGGCAAGGCAGCGCCUCUCGGAGGACCAAGGGCUGGCUAUGGUGGCGGUGGAGCGGGAGGUGGAGGGCAGGGAAGGACAGUGUUGACCAUGGAAGAUCUGGGCAUGGCGGUGGGGGAGUACGGUGUGAAUGUGAAGAGAGGAGAAUUCUACAGGUGAUACUGGAUGGAUGGCGUUGGGCAAGGGCAUGAUUCCAGCGCUAGUAGAGGUGCAUGAUGGUUGGCGUUUGGGGCAAGCCAGGGUUGGAACGGCGGCGACAUCUCACCAGCAUCAUCAAGUACGGAUGGAAA